CUAACCCAGCCUAACCCAGCACUAUUGGACUGGUGGAGUUACAUGUAUUAGUGCUGGCUCAGCUUUUCUCAGGUACAAGUACAUACAUACAUUAGGUACCUUUAAAAGAUACCGUACAAUACAUCAAAAAAGCCAGUGUCUACAACUUCACUCUGUUCAAUAUCUAUGAGCCUGCCCAGAGAGCUAUAAAACUAUGGAAAGCUUCCUUCGAGAAUGGAGGCAAGACGCCUUAAAUAAAGCACAGUAUGAGUCUGCUAUUUUCAUCGGGGACAAACUUUUGGCAUUAACCAAUGACGACAAUGACGCGUUUUGGCUGGCGCAAGUUCAUUUCGCUACUGGGAACUAUACCAGAGCCCAGACCUUCCUAUCCAAACAGGACCUCAUUUCCCGGAAUCCCUCUUGUCGAUACCUGGCUGCUCACUGCUUCAUCAAACAGGCCCGGUUUGACGAAGCCCUUGUGGUGCUUGGUGAACGAAAUCCCACACACUUAAUUUCUAAUCCUGCAACUAAGCGCAAAAUUCAACACACGAGCACACGUACUGCCUCUCACCACGGAAGAGGCGCCACCAAAGUGCAUGAGCGCAGAGAUGGGCUAUCGGAGGAAGAAGCAGCUAACAAGCGCUUCGAAGCCGCCAUGUGCUUUCUACGAGGCAUAUGCUAUGCCAAGCAGAACGCGUUCGAUCGGGCGAAGGAGUGUUACAAAGAUGCUGUUCGCAUCGACGUCCAAUGCUUCGAGGCGUUUCAACAGUUAAUGAAGAACUCACUUAUGUCUCCCGAUGAGGAAUGGCAGUUUUUGGAGUCUUUGGAUUUCGAUGCCAUUAACGUCUCUGGAGACUCAUCUUCCUCGCAGGAGGCUGCCGAAUUUACGAAGAUGCUCUACACCACCCGACUCUCCAAGUACAGGAACCCAGCAUCUUUCACAACUGCUUGCGAGACUCUAUCUACACACUAUAACCUCGCCUCAAACCCUGACCUGCUACUUGCCCGAGCAGAUUUACUGUACACUCAAUGCAAAUACAAAGAUGCGCUCGCAAUUACCGAGUCGGUGCUUCAAGAAGACAAAUAUAACUUCAGCAUAUAUCCCUUACACUUAGCCUGCUUGUACGAACUCAGGAUGAAAAACGUACUCUUCCUAAUCUCGCACGACCUCGCCGACACGCAUCCGGAAGAACCCUGCACAUGGCUCGCCGUUGGCAUUUACUACUUCGCCAUCGACAAGAUCGCCGAAGCCAGGCGCUACUUUAGUAAAGCUAGCAUGAUGGAUCCGCACUUCGGGCCGGCCUGGAUCGGGUUCGCGCACACGUUCGCGGCCGAGGGCGAGCACGACCAGGCUAUAUCGGCGUACUCCACGGCGGCACGGCUGUUUAUGGGCACGCAUCUGCCCCAGGUAUUCCUGGGGAUGCAGAACCACGCGCUCAAUAACAUGACUCUGGCCGACGAAUUCCUCAAGACGGCCUACGGCCUCUGCAAGACAGACCCGUUGCUACUUAAUGAGAUGGGUGUCGUUUAUUAUCACCAGGACCGACCUCAGGACGCUGCCACGCUCUUCCUGAAGGCUCUCGAAGUCGCAGAAGAUAUCGACUCGGAACCUAAUGCUUGGAUCUCAGCACGCAUUAACCUGGCGCACGCCUACCGUCGCGCCAAGCGCUACGACGAGGCACUGGAUCAGUUCGACGAGGUCUUGAGGCAGGGCGGCAAAGACGCGUCCAUAUUUGCGGCCAAGGGCUUGAUAUACAUGGAACAAGGGGGGAAAUUCGACCUGGCUGUCGAAGUGCUGCACCAGGCGCUCGCCAUCCACCCCCAAGACCCCAUCGCGACGGAAUUAUUAAACAAGGCGCUGGACGAGACGGCUGGCCUAUUACCUUGAAUUGCAUGUAGCGGCGCAGUGAGGCCGGUCUAAAUAACUUACGAGGAAUGAUGAAUAAUACCUACCUACCUGCCUACCUACGUAGUCUUUGUAGGCUACGAAGAUGUGUCAGAUGAGAAUGGCUAAUGAAUGCUAUGUUAUGCUUAUGCUGUCUUAUGUUGUUCUGCUUCUUUGUCUGGCCGACGUCUUCCCUUUUUGAAAAAUUAGAUGCGUUGCUGACCGCCUAUGUAUAUGGCCUAGAUCGUGGGCACCGUGUCUGGAUAGGUAGGUAUGUACCUUGCAUGCGAGGCUUGCAGGCUUGCAGGCUUGCUCGCUCUAGGAGGUAACUCAUCGAUCGUGGCGUAUCUGCCCGAGCUGACGGAUAGAUUAUUUUGACGUUCGUAAUUUAAUUAUACAUAGUCGGCACGUCGAUUUCUUGCCGGUUAUACAUACCUACCUAGGUAGGUAUAUAUGUAACUGUGAUCGGAUGGCUUAUUACUUUGAUGUCACUUUCCAAACCCCGAAUUGCUGU